AGGAACCCUCACUGGCUCGAACAAGAAUCGGCACGCGGCACCGGGCGACCGUCCGGCAGCGUCGGGGAGGCCAUGAAGCAGAAGGCCACCGUGAGCAUCUCUCGCCGCAAGUCGCGCAAGGCCUACUUCACGGCGCCGUCGCACGUCCGCAGGAAGCUCAUGAGCGCGCCGCUGAGCAAGGACCUCCGCGCCAAGUACUCCGUUCGCUCGCUGCCCAUCCGGCGGGACGACGAGGUGAUGAUCGUCAGGGGCCACUACCACGACCGGGAGGGCAAGGUGACCCAGGUGUACCGCAAGAAGUGGCGCAUCCACAUCGAGCGCGUCACGCGCGACAAGGCCAACGGUCAGACGGUUCCCAUCGGCAUCCACCCGUCGAAGGUGACGAUCACCAAGAUCAAGCUCGACAAGGACCGCAAGGCUCUCCUUGACCGCAAGGGUGGGAAGGGCAAGAAGGGCCAAAAGUACACCGACAAGGACAUGGAGAAGUGAGACCAUGCCCGCGGCGGUCUCGCGGCACGGGCUUUUCUCUGGACCGAGCAGCGGCAGCCGAUCAUCCCCGAACCUUCGUAGUCUUGUCCUGUUCCUCACCGGGGCCGCCGCGCGAGCGCCAGAGUGUGCGGGCGAGCGUGCGAGCGCGCGAGCGCGCAGGCCGCAGGCACGGAGGAGGGCGAUCGCUGGGUCGCCUGCCCGCACGCGCGCGCGCAGGCGUGUGCGCCUGCCUGCUGCGGGUACACUGUGCGCCUCGCACGUGGCCCCCUGUCGCAGGCGCCGCAGCCCACAUUCACGCGCGUGCACGCGUGCACGGGCGCCGUGCUCCCGUGAGACAGGAGAGCGGGCGGGAGGGUAGGAUCGGCAAGAUAUGCGGG